UUGACAGCGGCCGUAGUUCAGGACGAAAGCAGAGAAGGGAGAGAGAAAGGAAAGAAAGCAACAAUAGAUAAAAAAGGGCAGUUUUCUAAAAGUCGCGACCAACAAAUUCGUGCGAUCGUGGUAAAAACAGCAUCAUCCCUGGGCUUGCCCGGCGCCUGUCCCGACCAUGGAAAGACGGAUAAAGUUGAAAACACUGAACGAACACAUCACCUGCGAGAUUUGCCGUGGCUACUUCAUCGAUGCAACCACCGUAACCGAGUGUUUACAUACGUUCUGCAAAAGCUGCCUUGUGAAGCAUUUAGAGGAAAACAAUACCUGCCCAACGUGUGAAAAUGUUAUCCACCAGUCCCAUCCGCUGCAGUACAUCAGCUUCGACCGGACGAUGCAGGACAUCGUGUACAAGCUGGUGCCGAACCUCAUGGACAAUGAGAUGCAGCGGGAGCGCGAGUUUUACAAAUCGCGCAACCUGCCCUGCCCGAAGGAUAUGCCGCAGGUGCACGACAGCGACGAUAAGGCGAACGAGCAGGCGCACCAGGAAGCGGACUACCACCGGCAGGACGAGCAGGUUAACGUGUGCCUCGAGUGUAUUAGCGACAAGCUGCGCAACCUGAAGCGACGGUUCAUCCGGUGUAGUUCGCAGAUCACGAUCACGCACCUAAAGAAGUUCCUCGCGAAAAAAGUACUGAACGGUAUCGACCGAUACAAAGAUAUCGACAUCCUGUGCAAUGACGAGCUGCUGGGAAAGGACCACACGCUCAAGUUCGUGUACGUGACGCGGUGGCGCUUCAAAGACCCCCCACUGAGAUUACAGUAUCGGCCCCGAAUCGACCUCUAAGCAGGCCAGUGGCGAUGAUGGUGUACAUUUUAAGAUGUCCAGAUGGGGGGAAGGAGCGACAAAUGCACUUUUCGAAAUGUGUUGAUUGCUCUCCCCGUUCCCCCCGCCUUCCCGAAUGGGGAAGGCUUACGGAUAGGAGGGGGAAGGGUGGACUGUGUAGAUAAGACACUUCUUAGGGGUGUGGGUGUGUGGACGCGCCCGUUCGUCCUUCAGAUCAGUUAAUGUGCAGCAAAACCCGAGCGUCCGGUGAUAUCAGGAGGAGGUUUAUCUUUUCUUUUCGCAGUGUAGCAAAAAGGGGAAAGCACAGGGCAUUUUAUCCCUACAUCACCAUUCGUCUUCGUUGUUGUCGCCGAGAUCGCUUGGAUCACGUGUUUAAGAAGCAAAGAAAGGGAGAGGUUUAGAAAAAGAUUUGUUUUAUGAUCUAGAUUUAUAUGUUUAUGUGUUAUUUAAGCAGUGUAUGUGUGUACAUAAAGAGAACGGCAAGCAGACGGAGGAAUGCGCAGAUGCGGAGGAACGCUCCCACUGUGCCGUGGCGAGCGUUUGUUCCGCAGAAGCAGAAAGGUUUUAUUCUAGACUGCCAAUGCCAAUGCCGUUAUGGUGAAUAACGCAUUGGCAGAACAGUUGCAACGGAACGCGGUGCGUGUGCAGUACGAAAUGUAUAGCAAAAAUUUGGGACCGAAAGGACGAAGCGAAGGGAGCAGUCUACAAAACGGUGGGCCACACUGUGCACGACUCGUUGCACAUAGGUGCGUGUAAUAAUUCUCAAUUAAAGAAGGCUAGGAGAAAGUGUGUGUGUCUGUUUGUGUGUGAAUGUAGGAGCGACUCGAUCACAAGAUCACUCUCAAGAGCAUGACGUAGUAAAAACAAAAAAAGAUGAUCUGUAUAAGUAUUACAAUAAAUUUAUAUUCUAAAAACGUGAAACAAGAAAA